AUGGAGGGUACUGCGACUAGUCAGCCAGCCAAGCAGUUGCAGGUGGAGAACCUUGCGGACCAUGACCUAAAGCACUUUAUCCGGUUUGCCGACCCGCUCUUCAAGGACAUCGUGUACUGGAUCAACCCGGUAUACGGGCCAGCCGAGGCGCCAAAGCCGGCACUUCUGCGACAGUCCGAGUCGGCCAGCGCCAAAAUAAACGGCAUUCUGGUACGCGCGUGCCCGCAGAUGAUCAACCACGUUGCGCGCUUCUACAUGCCACGUCCGUCGCCGCAGACCGAGGAGAGCGUGCUGCGUGUAACGCAUAUAGUUAGCCCCGACACGCACUUUGCCGAGUACACGCUAGCUGUCAGCGCUGGCUCAGGCGCUGUGUAUCAGGAGAAGUACUACUCGGCGUCGGCAAAACGCAUAUUCUCGGGCAUGGUGGUCGUAGCCACGCAAGUGCCUGCGCUAGACAAGGAGGAGAUCCUGGGCACUGUCAUGGCCCUGGGCGGCCAGUAUCGCCAAAAGAUGAUGCCUGACGUCACCCACGUCCUGAUGAUCAAGGAUACCGGCCCCAAGUACGAGUAUAUCACCAAGCAUCCGCAGCUCGGCAUCAAGCCGAUUCUGGUGCAUUGGCUCAACGAGACCAUGAACAUGGUGCAGUCGGUGCCGCAGGACCCGUACCUGUUCCCGAACCCGCCGAUGCUGGCCGGCCACGUCAUGCGGGACCAGGGACAAGCGCAGAACAGCGACAUUGCAGUGCCCGCAGGCAACACACAGACCGCCAAUGCAUAUGAGCUGCCCAAGCCGGCCACGCAGUUCCUGAAGGGGUAUUUUGUCGCUGUUGACUCGCAGCUUCGGUCGAUGCUCAGCCGGGGAGCCAUCGAGCAGCUGAACCAGCGCCUCUCGGAAGCAGGUGCAGUCAGCGCACAGGUGGGAGGUGAAGAGGACCCGGAUUCGCUGUCAUACGACUGGAAGGCUGUCGAUGUCCUGAUCUGCCACAACCGGUCAGGCUACGACUACUCGAAGGCAUCCCGCCUGGGCAAGGUAGUGGGGUCAUUUGUAUGGCUCUACCACCUGUUUUUUACCGAGAAACUAGUGCCGCCUACCAAGCGCCUGCUUCACUAUCCGGUACCCGACACCGCCGCCCGCGGGAUGGCCGGCUUGGUCAUCACCACCAGCCACUACACCGGAGCGUCCAAGGAGUACCUGAAGAAGCUGAUUCUGGCCAUGGGCGCCGAGUACACGCCCAACAUGACCCGCCGCAACACACACCUGAUCACAGCCAUGCCCGAGGGCCUAAAGUACGCACGGGCCAUGGACUGGGAUAUCCACAUUGUCAACCACAUCUGGCUCGAGCAGAGCUUCCAGCGGUGGAAGGCGCUGAGCGUCAGCCAUGCCAGCUUCACGUAUUUUCCCAAUCUACCCAUCCUCAACUCCAUGGUCGGCAGCACCGAGGUCAAUGUCAGCAAGCUGCCCAGGUGGGUCGAUGCGCCGGCCGGCGACAGCGUUGCCGAAUCAUCUGACCUCGAUAUUCUCAGCGACAGCGAGCUCGACUCGGAGGUGCACGUGGACGCAAGAUCAGUGCCUGGCGACGCCAGCAGCUCGGCUGUGCGCACUGACCAGGGCCACGUCUACCCAGAGCCCAACGACGACAAUGACGAUGCUGUGGUGGCCAAUGGGGAUAAUAGCGAGGAUGACGACGACAGCAAUGGCAUCCCCGAGUCGUCAGAUGAGCUUGAUGCAAACGGCACCAAGGACAGGCAGGCGGAAUCCGACACAUUGGUCGUGGGCAAAGUACGGCACUCGUCGCGGCGAGCGGCGAUGGCGGCGUCCAAGAACCUGGGCCAGAUGAUGAAGGCAGCCAAUAUAUUCGAGACCGAAAUGAAGCGCGAAAAGUCGUACCGCCGCUCGGCCAAGCGCACACUGGCAUCGGAGGCUGCGAAUGGCGAGUCGGGCUCGCAGACCGACGGAGCAAAGCGCGCGCGCACCACGACCCACCGCCAAAAGCAGAUCGUCCGCAUAAUGUUCACGCAGGUGCGGCCCAGCCCGGCCGAGCAGCAGCGCAUUAUCGCCAUGGGCGGCGAGAUUGUCGACAGCACCGAGCUAGCCACCCACCUGGUGGCAAAGAAGGUCGGCAAGACAGCCAAGAUGCUGGAAGCCGUUGCCAGCGGCAGCAUUGCCAUUGUCGGCCGCGAGUGGAUGGACGACUCGCUGGAGCGUGGCCGCUGGAUCCCUGUUGGGCCCACCGCUGACAAGGGUUGCGAGUACGGCGAGACGGAGAAGUACCAGCUGGUCGACGAGGCCGCCGAAGCCAGGUGGAACUUCGUGCUGCGCGACUCGCUGCAGCGUGCACACAAGCACCGCAUGUUCGAUGGAGUCACAAUAUUCAUCACGCCGCACACAGUGCCGGCAGUAAAUGUGCUGCGCCCGCUGAUUGAGCGCGCUGGCGGCCAAGCGGUCGAGAGGCUGACCAAGGCGCAGCUGAAGACGCUUAUUAACCAGUCGAUCCACAUUAGCAAGAGCAAGAAGGAGGACGACGAGCGGAUCCCGCCCCUGCUCGUUAUUUCGUGCUCCGAGGACAAAGACAUGUGGGCGCAGUUUGAGCUGUCAAAGGAAAAGCGAAUGCCCAUCUACGGCAGCGAGGUCCUGCUUGUUGGCUUGUUGCGCCAGCGCCUGCUCAGGUCUAGCACAGAAUUCCUAUGCCGAGGCAGAUGA